AUGCGGCCUCCAAUGAGGUCUAGUAUAGCAUGUCUUCGGUGCAGAAAAUCCAAGAUCAAGUGCGACAAUGACAACACUGGGUCGCCCUGCGACACCUGCAUCAAGGCGGGCCACAAGUGUGAGUUUCCGGAUCCCACGCCCCUCCCGGCCAAGCGAGCCGAACCUCCCACUGCACCGAAACAGGAGAAGGACGCCGGCCAUGAUCGGAAACGGGUGAAGAAGCUUGAAGACGCCACUCACUCCGAAGGACGUACUGGCACAGUGUAUGCACAGGAGGUUCUCGCGGCACCGUACCUGACAGUAGAUUUGUGGCACCAACUGUUCGACAUUUACAAGCUACACUUCGCCACCGAACUUCCCUUCUUGCACCUCCCGACGUUGAAGGGCAUAAUCCACGACAAGGACAGCAAGAAACCGUCGGCCGAGUCAAACCUGGUUCUUCUGGGCAUCCUGGCCCUCACGGCAAGAUUCCAGCCCGAACUGGUCAAGUACGUUGCCCAUAUAACGUACGACAAAGUAGCGGGCCCCAAGUCCCGAGGUGCUUUGCCUAGACCGGAGCCUGCGGUGGCUUCGGAUUACUUUGCGAAUGCUCUCGCCAAAGCGCUGGGGAACCUAGAAUCGGCUCUGACCUCGGCCACCGUCAUCCGUGUCCAGGCCUUUCUCAUGCUCGGCCUGUACAAAUGGAGCCAGCCCAGCGGUGGCCUGGCUGCGUGGAUGUACGUCGGCGUGGCCAUCAGGAUGGCCCAGGGCUUGAAGCUGGGCUUCGGUGACCGGCCGUCGCGUGGGAACAAGAUUCUGGGUCCCAUUCCGCGAUCGAACAAGCCAGCACAGCUACCGUCGGAUCGAUGGAAGGACCAGGAGAUCAGGCGACGCACAAUGUUCAGCUGUCUGAUACUGGACCGGCUCCUGUCAUGUGGAUCUGACCGCGUCUCGGUGGUUCAAUCCAAGGACCUCCAGAUCCAGCUUCCCUGCACCGAACAUGCCUUCGACCUCGGCCGCGUCGUUUAUACCGGCUUUCUACGACAAGUGGGACGGGAGAUGGAGCGGCCCAUUGACGACAGUGUUCUCAGCCGUUUCGUGCAACUGGCCGACUUUUGGGGGGACAUCACCAAGUAUAGCUUUGCGGGCGGUCGCCACACCGAAACGCUUCCGCCCUGGGACGCGGAAUCGACAUUUCAUCAGUUGAGCAGCAAGGUGGAAGCCUUCUAUGCCCACCUACCGGAGGAGUUUACCUGGUCUGGCGCGAACUUCUGGAAGCACGACAACAGCAUGUACGUGUCACUCCACAUGCUGGGCUCUCUCUGCAAGAUCAUGCUGCACCGGGAAUACAUACCAUUCUUCGCCAUCAAAUGCCAAAAGCCGGUGGGUCCUCUCGACGAACCCGUUUUCGACCCUGCCAUUGUACCCGAGUAUUUCUGGGAGCGGAGUGCGGAGCAGAUCUUCAAGGCGGCCAGGGAGAUUACAGACCUGAUCUCGACAUGUCGCGACAAGUUGCCUCACUCAUCAUUGGUUACCUUCGCCAUUUGGCAGGCAGCGUUUGUCGGCAUCUACGCCAGGCACUACCCGCACAUGGACACGGAAAACCACAUGGUCAGCAAAGAAGAGACCCAAGAGCGGGCUUCAGGAACAGUAUCUGAUAUGGCACAGACGGGGACCACGGGUAUCGCUUUCCAAGCGCUGACCAAAGUGGCUCCUUAUUUCAGCAUGGCGUCCAACUAUGUGACUUAUUUCAGGGACAUGGACCAAUAUUUCACAAUGGUUUUCUCCGACUACACGAGCCGAGGGUUAAGGAAAAGCAGCGAUGGACCUCUGAGUAUCCGGUUGAGCGGAGGUGGCGGUGGGCUUGAAGAAUGGAGGGUAAAGGCGGACAAGAUCACGAGCAACGGCAUCAUCCUCGACGACGACCGGCCGACGGGCUAUGAUGGAUCUGAAGGAUCACGGGCCAGUACGUUGGAAAGAAGCUCGUCUCUGGGCCCCGAGUAUUCCCAUCUCGGCGCUGGCGGCCUCGACGGCAGGAGGGAUUCUCGACAGGCGUCGACCUUCACCGCCAUCAAUACCAGUUCGUUCCAUCAGCAAGCUAGUCAAGAAGGCCUUGCCAGCGGUAUAUCCCAUCACUCGCCGACACAGGGCUUCUCCUCGACUCCCGGUUCCAUGGCUAACGAUGUCGGGAUCGCGGACCUCCAUGUAGAAACCGGCAACAUCGAUUCGUACAUUCGACAGACUCAGGGACAGCGGUUCGGCACCAUGCUUGAAGACAUACAGGAGUUCAGCACCGGAGGGAUGGUCUGCGAGCCGAGUGUUGGAAACUGGGACAUGCUCAAGCCGCCGUUCUACACGCAGAUGGCGGGCGGCGGCCAGCGGCCGCAGUUCAAUGGCAGCAACUUCUCUUGA